AUGCUCAUAUUCAAGGCUAUCACCCUUCUCAUAUCACUCACAUUAACCAAGGCUCUCAACACGGGCCAAUGUCAUAAGAUUAUGGCUCCGGAUGAACCAGGUGAAUUAUCAUCCAUAAAUUUAACUGCAAUUCAAGAUACUUCAUUAUUAGUAUUCCAUAUAACAGAUAUAGAAUACACAAAUAUCCCACUAUAUUUUAAUGAUGCUAUGGAUUUAAUGAAUACAGAAGAUGGGUUCUAUCUAUGUACUCCGGAUUUACAAAAAGAUGGUCAUUGUCCUCAUAUUGGUGAAUUUGUUAUAAGAUCUGAAAAUGGAGGUCCAAGAGAACAAAUUAUAAAUAAAUUGAUUAAAAAAGGUGAGAAAUUAAGUUAUAAUGUUACAGAUACAGGGAUGUAUUGUAUUUAUACUCAUCAAGAUCGUGGUUCUGGUCAAGGUGUUGAAUAUAAAAUUAAACAACCUUAUGGGAAUUUAUCUAUAGUUAUGGGACAAGAAUUAGAUUUCUUAAAUUUCUUGAUGCAACCAAUAACUUUAAUAAUGUUAUUGAUCAUUGGUAUUAAAUGGUGGAAAAAUACGAAAAUUGGUGUUAAAUUUAAUUCAAUUGAGAAUACUUUAAUUCAAAUAACUUGGUGUUAUUAUUCAUUUGUCUUUGCAAGAGCUUUAGUAUUAUAUCAAUUAAACAAAUAUGAUUGGAAUAAUAAAAGUUGGUUUUGGAAUUUGAUGCUUAUGAUUGUCAAUUUUGGAAACAUUUUUUUUCAAUUAUCCAUAUAUUGGUUUUUCUAUCUUUGGACAGAAUCUCCACAGGGUCAAAUUGUUAAAACUCCUUCAAACCCAGGUUUUAUCUUAAAAGGAUUAAUGUGCCUACAAGUUAUAUUUUCAGGUUUCUUUGCUCUUUUCCCAACAAGAGAAGCUACAAAUUCAAAUUUAUUAUCCUCGGUAGGGAUUUUCCAUUGGGGUGAAAAAAUCAUUACUGUAUUGAUUUGGAUUUCAUUAGUACUUGAUUUAAGCUUAACCAUUACAAAUGCCUUUGAUUCCAAGACCAAAAGAAAAUUCCAAUAUUCAAGACAAUUAGUCAUUUCAGUACCAGUUUUCCUUAUAUUCACAUCAAUUUUUAUUCAAUUUGUUACAAGUUUUGAUACUUUUGCACGUUCAUUGAAGAAAUCUCAAAGUAAUGAAUCUGUUAUUGUCAACGCCUUGGAAAACUCAGUUCAUUAUAGUUUUAUAUUUGGAAUUGUCGAGAAUCUUUCAUAUUUUAUUAUUCCAUUAAUCACUAUAGGUCUUUAUAAAAUUUGGAAAGAUGAUAAAUUAGAAGAUGAUUAUAUUCCAACAAGUAAUGAAGUGGAACUGGGUGAUCUGGAUGGUAACAAGACCAUUUGA